AGCCGCGGGGAUGUCUGUGUCACUGCUCAGGAAAGGCUUGGAUUUGCUUAGGGAGGAAAGGAGCGGUGCAGAGUCAAGCUCCAAGAAAAGAAACUCAAGCAGCAAGCCGAAGCCCUGCCUUUCCAGCAGCAAAACCGGCAUGAGAAAGCAACUGCGGCGGCUGAAGCAGCAGGGACUGCGGCACGACCAGAAAGCAACUGCUAAAGGCAGGGUGAUACGGUCCGCUGUAGAGGAGUUUAAGAAACAGAGUGCGAAAGAUCAUCUGCAGCAAAACCUACAGUACAUGCUUGAUUCCAGCUCUGUGACAAGCAAAGAAGUUGUUGAUAAAAUCUUGAAACAGAACAGAGGGCGCAAAGCAAAGGACAUUGAAAUCAAGCAGCACAGGCAGAUAAAGGAGAAGUCUGUGUUCUCAGAUGCUGACUUCAAGCGCUUUGAGUUGGAAUACUUUGGGAGCAAAUAAGGUCUUUUGAAAACUUUCUAUCACUUGUAAUUUUGAAUUCAGCAGGUAGCACGUGAACUAUAUUUUACUGCAAACCUGGAUUUUACAACUUGUAUAUAUUCAUAUAUUCCUGUCAUUUGGUUGCAAAAGGCUCAUAGAAGAUGGGAAAAGCUCCCAGUAUGGUUUGGAAAGUUAAAGGAACCUCUUAUUUAACAUUAAAUAAAAACACAUUUAAGAGAA